GAUGGAAAUGAUACUGGUGCGAUGACAAUUGACCUUAUUUAUGAAAGUUACAGGAUUUCAAGAAGUGCUUCGCUAUACCACGCAGCAGGGCAUGAAAAUGAAAGGCAGGGAGGUGAUCUGUCGUGGGCUGACCAGCAUGAUAGCCAUGACAGUGGAUAUCUGCUGGAUAAGCAUGCACACCAUCAAAAGGAUGAGGCAGGUUUUGGUCAUGCGUCCAAACACGGGUCCGAGCAACAUGCACUGAAAUCUGCAGCUGGUGCUGGUAAGCAUGCUGCUGCUGCCGCAGAAAAAGCUACUCACAAGCAUGCCGAUAAAGCCAGCGCCCUCGGAAAAGAUGUAAAAGCGAAAACUUUCGGUUUCUUCGACUAUCUGUACAAGCAACCUGAAUAUCACGUUGAACAAUUCUACAGCGACGAAAAGCAUGGUCGUAAAUUUGGAGCUGAUCAAAUGCGUCACGCUUUAAAUGACCACGAAUCAGGCAAGACGCCGGUUUCUGUUAUAGACAACGCCCAUGAAGUAUCUGGUUGGGGUAAGCAUGGAAAGGGUUACUACAACGAUGCGCACGGCUCCGAUGCUCACGAACACGGCUCAACCCAUCGCAAUGGCUGGGGCAAUAACUUCCACAACAGCCACGGACUAAGCGGCGACAAGCACUUUUCAAAAGGUUUAGAAGCGUUAUGUCUUAUUUCUGGUGUCAGACGAGGCCACGAAGCGCAUAAAGGAAAGCACCAACAUGAGUACAUGCCAGGCCAUUACGAUUACUACGGAUUGCACGAUGACUGGACAUUCGCACCCCACCGGCACUAUCCACAUGAACACACCUUGAAGGCGUAUCCAACGGAACACGACUCCUGGGGCAGAUGGGGCCACGAAUGGAACUGA